AAUUAGUCACGUAUGCAUGUUGCUAUAGUUAUAGCAAGCACUGUGUGUUUGGCUCAGAACUGGAAGAGAAGCCAACGUUACAUUUUUAAAUCACUUGAGAAAAGAUGAAAAAUACGGUGUCUGCUGCUGUGCAACAGUGUCGCUCGAGAAGAGUGUGUGCUUUACUGACCGUCGUACUCGUCUUAGUGUUUCUAAUUAUUUAUUUAUUAGUUUCUCCUAGAACAGAGACUUUUAACUACUAUCAACAAUCUCCAAAUCGUCAAAGGGAAACUGAUGAAAUUCCGGCAAAAUCUAAUAUUCCCGGAUUGAAUCGCAAGUACAAUUUGAUGGAUGAAGUCAAUUGGCUGGGGAAAUUGUCGCAAUCGCUCAACGGCUACGAUAGCAGGAUUAGCAGCGAAUGCAAUGAAGAUUACAUGAAUAAUCAUAAACUGCCUCAGGAUCACCCCUGUGUUAUUGAAACUAUUAGGAAACAUUACCUGAUUCAACCGUCGCCUCAAGAUGUCCCACUUAAAUUAGACUCUAACGACGACACAGACCGAUCACCGGGACAAACUGGAGUCAUUUUUAGGCUCUUAAAAAAUAAAACGAGUGGCUUUUUUGUAGAAUGCGGAGCCCUAAACGGCGAGUACAUGUCAAACACAAUUGAUCUAGAGCGGAAAUUCAAUUGGGGUGGAAUAUUAAUCGAAGCCAACCCGAUUACGUUUCAAAAACUUGCAGCACGCAACCGUAAGUCGUGGACGCUGCCCGUCUGUCUCAGCUUGGAACCAUUUCCUACCAAAGUUAGUUUUCAGCCAAAGAGUGGCGAUCCCGGUCAUAGUCAUAUCGAAGGAGAAGCUGAAACUUUACAGAAAGCUGGAAUACCCGGCGUCGAUCCUGAUGUGGUAUCAGUUCAAUGCUUCCCUUUCUACUCAAUUCUCCUGGCAGUUGGACGAACUCUGGUGGAUUUUUUUAGCCUCGACGUCGAAGGCCACGAACUCAAAAUCCUGAAGACUAUCCCGUGGCACAAGGUUGACAUUAAGGCACUGACGGUUGAAUGGGAUAACAUGCCGGAGGGUCAAGAGGCCUUGUCCCGAUUUAUGGAAGAGAGCGGAUUCAUCAGGAUCGGAGCGUUCGAUUUUCUUUAUUCAAGGGAUGUUAUCUUCAUUAAAGAUUUAAUAAAUCACUGAUUGACUGUUAUCAAUUGGUUAACAGUUGCUAUCAUGA